GUUUUCCCAGCAAAGCAUCAAAGUCGCAGACUCCAAUCCCCAAUCCCUUUCUUCCCGUUCCGUCGAACCCUCGAUUUGGAGGACGCCGCCGCCCUCGCCGUGGAUCGAUCCCGAGACGGUCUUGCCCGAGAUCCGGCCGAGAUCGACGCCGCUGGAUGGGAGGAGCGGCCUAGAGGAGAGGAGGGGGAGGCGGCGGCGGCGGCGAGCGAAGGGAUCGAGGACGCCAUCGAAGACCAGGCGUGGAGGCCACCAUGUCUGCGGUAGUCUGCGGGAAGAGGUCAUCUUCCAUCUUCGAGGAGCUCCUCCACAGCACCCCUCCGCCGGCCUCCAAGAGGGCCCGCUGCGCCUCCUCCCCGACCGCCUCCCUCCGCGUCUCGCCGUCUCGGGCCUCCCCCUCUUUCGACCACUGCGACGGUGAACGGAUCGCGGCUUAUCUUGCCCGUCUGAGGUCCCUGUUCCCCGAAAUGGAUCAGCAGCUUCUUGAACGCGCUCUUGAAGCAUCUGGAAAUGAUCUAGAUUCCACAAUAAAGAGUUUGAAUGACCUUCGAUUAGAGUCAGCAGACUUCAACUUGGUUUCUGGUGUAAGAAAACCUGAAAAUGGCAAUGAAAUGAAUGCUCAGUUACCAACUGAAGGUACAGUGAAGGAAAAUGGUGUUGAUGCUGCUGGUAUUGACAUUCUUCCAACAGAUGGUUCUGAAUGGGUAGAGCUAUUUGUGAGAGAAAUGAUGAAUGCUUCUGAUGUGGAUGAUGCUAGAACUCGUGUUUCCAGAGUACUGGAGUUUUUAGAGAAAUCCAUUAUGGCUCGUGCUGAUGGUGAAGCGCUGCGAAACUUACACAAGGAAAAUAUGAUGUUGAAAGAACAAGUUGAAGUGCUGAUUCGCGAGAACACUGUUCUAAAGCAUGCGGUGGCUAUCCAGCAUCAUCGCCAAAAAGAAUACGAAGAGAGAAGCCAAGAGCUGCAGCAUCUGAAACAGCUGGUGUCUCAGUACCAGGAGCAAGUUCGAACACUAGAGAUCAACAACUACGCACUCACGGUUCAUCUGAGGCAGGCGCAGCAGAGCAGCUCCAUUCCAGGACGCUUCAAUCCAGAUGUCUUCUGAGGUAGGCCAGUUGUUUCUGGUGGUGUAGUUUACCAUAGUUUGGUUUAAGAUUCAGCCAAAACCUGAUGCACUACACCAUCUUUAGUUCGUUAUCUGAUAAGUAGGUGUUGCAGUCUUCACCUUUUGCUGCAAGGUUGAACCUGGUUGCCGUUGUGACUUGAUCUUGCAUGUUUUGUUAGCAAGCAACUCUUGGUGACUUCUUCUCAGAGAAACCAAAAAUUAUCUGAACUUGGUUGAAACAA